GGGCUUGUGGCGCGAGCUUCUGAAACCAGGCGGCAGAGGUGGAACUGCUGUGGCGCUGCUGCGCCUCGGGUCUCUUUUGCGGCGGUGGGUCGCCGCCAGGAGAAGCCUGAGCGGACAGAUUUGUGACCGGCGCGGUUUUUGUCAGUCUACUCCGGCCAAAAAAGAGCUGCAUCUCUGGAGCGGACUUAUUUACCAAGCGUUGGAGGAAUAUUGUAGGUAAAAAUGUCUGUUGGAUCCAAAGAGAGGCCAACAUUUUUUGAAAUUUUUAAGACAUGCUGCAACAAAGCAGAUUUAGGACCAGUAAGUCUUAAUUGGUUUGAAGAACUUUCUUCAGAAGCUGCACCCUAUAAUUCUGAACCUGCAGAAGACUCUGAACAUAAAAACAACAAUUAUGAACCAAACCUAUUUAAAACUCCACAAAGGAAACCCUCUUAUAAUCAGCUGGCUUCAACUCCAAUAAUAUUCAAAGAGCAAGGGCUGACUCUGCCACUGUACCAAUCUCCUGUAAAAGAAUUAGAUACAUUCAGAUUAGACUUAGGAAGGAGUGUUGCCAGUAGGAGACAUAAAAGUCUUCGCACAGUGAAAGCUGAAAUGCAUCAAGCAGAUGAUGUGACCUGUCCACUUCUAAAUUCCUGUCUUAGUGAAAGUCCUGUUGUUCUACAGUGUACGCAUGUAACACCACAAAGAGAUAAGUCAGUGGUAUGUGGGAGUUUGUUUCAUACACCAAAGUCUGUGAAGGGUCGUCAGACUCCAAAACAUAUUUCUGAAAGUCUGGGAGCUGAGGUGGAUCCUGAUAUGUCUUGGUCAAGUUCUUUAGCUACACCACCCACCCUUAGUUCUACUGUGCUCAUAGUCAGAAAUGAGGAAGCAUCUGAAACUCUAAUUCCUCAUGAUACUACUGCUAAUGUGAAAAGCUAUUUUUCUAACCCUGAUAAAAGUCUGAAGAAAAAUGAUAGAUGUAUCCCUUCUAUGACAGACAGUGAAAACACAAAUCAAAGAGAAGCUACAAGUCAUGGAUUUGGAAAAACGUUAGGGAAUUCAUUUAAAGUAAAUAGCUGCAAAGACCACAUUGGAAAGUCAAUGCCAAAUGUCCUAGAAGAUGAAGUAUAUGAAACAGUUGUAGAUACCUCUGAAGAAGAUAGUUUUUCAUUAUGUUUUUCUAAAUGUAGAACAGGAAAUCUACAAAAAGUAAGAACUAGCAAGACUAGGAAAAAAAUUUUCCAUGAAGCAAACGCUGAUGAAUGUGAAAAAUCUAAAAACCAAGUAAAAGAAAAAUACUCAUUUGUACCUGAAAUGGAAUCAAGUGAUACUGAUCCAUUAGAUUCAAAUGUAGCAAAUCAGAAGCCCUUUGAGAGUGGAAGUGACAAAAUCUCCAAGGAUGUUGUACCAUCUUUGGCCUAUGAAUGGUCUCAACUAACCCUUUCAGGUCUAAAUGGAACCCAGAUGGAGAAAAUACCCGUAUUGCAUAUUUCUUCUUGUGACCAGAAUAAUUCAGAAAAACACCUAUUAAACACAGAGAAUGAAAGAAAGAAAGAUUUUCUUACUUCAGAGAAUUCUUUGCCACCUAUUUCUAGCCUACCAAAAUCAGAGAAGCCAUUAAAUGAGGAAACAGUGGUAAAUAAGAGAGAUGAAGAGCAGCAUCUUGAAUCUCAUAGCGACUACAUUCUUGCAGUAAAGCAGGCAAUAUCUGAAACUUCUCCAAUGGCUUCUUCAUUUCAGGGUAUCAAAAAGUCUAUAUUCAGAAUAAGAGAAUCACCUAAAGAGACUUUCAGUGCAAGUUUUUCAGGUCAUAUGACUGAUCCAAACUUUAGAAAAGAAACUGAAGCCUCUGAAAGUGGACUGGAAAUACAUACUGUUUGCUCACGGAAGGAUGACUCCUUAUGUCCAAAUUCAAUUGAUAAUGGAAGCUGGCCAGCUGCCACCACACAGACUUCUGUAGCUUUGAAGAAUGCAGGUUUAAUAUCUACUUUGAAAAAGAAAACAAAUAAGUUUAUUUAUGCUAUACAUGAUGAAACAUCUUAUCAAGAAAAAAAAAUACCAAAAGACCAAAAAUCAGAACUAAUGAACUGUUCAGCCCAAUUUGAAGCAAAUGCUUUUGAAGCACCACUUACAUUUGCAAAUGCUAAUUCAGGUUUAUUUCAUUCUUCUGUCAAAAGAAGCUGUUCACAGAAUUAUUUUGAAGAACCAACUUUGUCCUUAACCAGCUCUUUUGGGACAAUUCUGAGAAAAUGUUCUAGAAAUGAAACAUGUUCUUCUAAUAAUACAAUAAUCUCUCAGGAUCUUGAUUAUAAAGAAGCAAAAUGUAAUAAGGAAAAACUACAGUUAUUUAGUAUCCCAGAGGCUGAUUCUCUGUCGUGUCUGCAGGAAGGACAGUAUGAAAAUGAUCCAAAAAGCAGAAAAGUUUCAGAUAUAAAAGAAGAGGUCUUGGCUGCAGCACAUCACCCAGUACAACAUUCAAAAGCAGAAUAUAGUGAUACUGACUUUCAAUCCCAGAAAAGUCCUUUAUAUGACCAUGAAAAUGCCAGCACUCUUAUUUUAACUUCUACUUCCAAGAAUGUUCUGUCAAACCUAGUCAUGAUUUCUAGAGGCAAAGAAUCAUACAAAAUGUCAGAUGAGCUCAAAGGUAACAAUUAUGAAUCUGAUUUUGAACUAACCAAAAAUAUUCCCAUGGAAAAGAAUCAAGAUGUAUGUGCUUUAAGUGAAAAUUCUAAAAAUGUUGAGCUAUUGCCACCUGAAAAAUACAUAAGAGUAGCAUCACCUUCAAGAAAGGUACAAUUCAACCAAAACACAAAUCUAAGAGUAAUCCAAAAAGAUCAAGAAGAAACUACUUUAAUUCCAAAAAUAACUGUCAAUCCAGCCUCUGAAGAACUUUUCUCAGGCAAUGAGAAUAAUUUUGUCUUCCAAGUAGCUAAUGAAAGGAAUAAUUUUGCUUUAGGAAAUACUAAGGAACUUCUUGAAACAGACUUGACUUGUGUAAACGAACCCGUUUUCAAGAACUCUGCCAUGGUUUUAUAUGCAGACAUAGGUGAUAAACAAGCAACCCAAGUGUCGAUUAUGAAAGAUUUGGACUCAUCAAAUAUAGUUUAUGAUCUUGCAGAGGAGAACAAAAAUAGUGUAAAGCAGCAUCUAAAAAUGACUCUAGGUCAAGAUUUACAACCGGACAUCUCCUUGAAUAUCGAUAAAAUACCAGACAAAAAUAAUGAUUGCAUGGACAAAUGGGCAGGACCCUUAGAUCCAAUUUCAAAUCACAAUUUUGGAGGUAGCUUCAGAACAGCUUCAAAUAAGGAAAUCAAGCUCUCUGAACAUAACAUUAAGAAGAGCAAAAUGUUCUUCAAAGAUAUUGAAGAACAGUAUCCUACUAGUUUAGCUUGUGUUGAAAUUGUAAAUACCUUGGCGUUAGAUAAUCAAAAGAAACUGAGCAAGCCUCAGUCAAUUAAUACUGUAUCUGCACAUUUACAGAGUAGUGUAGUUGUUUCUGAUUGUAAAAAUAGUCAUAUAACCCCUCAGAUGUCAUUUUCAAAGCAGGAUUUUAAUUCAAACCAUAACUUAACACCUAGCCAAAAGGCAGAAAUUACAGAACUUUCCACUAUAUUAGAAGAAUCAGGAAGUCAGUUUGAAUUUACUCAGUUUAGAAAACCAAGCUACAUAUUGCAGAAGAAUACAUUUGAAGUGCCUGAAAACCAGGUGACUAUCUUAAAUACUACUUCUGAGGAAAACAGAGAUGCUGGUCUUGUCAUAAUGAAUGCCCCAUCGAUUGGUCAGGUAGACAGCAGCAAGCAAUUUGAAGGUACAGUUGGAAUUAAACAAAAGUUUGCUGGCUUGUUGAAAAAUGACUGUAACAAAAGUGCUUCUGGUUAUUUAACAGAUGAAAAUGAAGUGGAGUUUAGGGGCUUUUACUCUGCUCAUGGCGUAAAACUGAAUGUUUCUACUGAAGCUCUGCAAAAAGCUGUGAAACUGUUUAGUGAUAUUGAGAAUAUUAGUGAGGAAACUUCUGCAGAAGUAGAUCCAAUAAGUUUAUCUUCAAGUAAAUGUCAUGAUUCUGUUGUUUCAAUGUUUAAGAUAGAAAAUCAUAAUGAUAAAAUUGUAAGUGAAAAAAGUAAAUGCCAACUGAUGUUACAAAAUAAUAUUGAAAUGACUACUGGGACUUUUGUUGAAGAAAUUACUGAAAAUUACAAGAUAAAUACUGAAAAUGAAGAUAAAUAUACUGCUGCCAGUAGAAAUUCUCGUAACUUAGAAUUUGUUGGCAGUGAUUCAAGUAAAAAUGAUACUGUUUAUAUUCAUAAAGAUGAAAAGGACUUGCCAUUUACUGAUCAGCACAACAUAUAUCUUAAAUUAUCUGGCCAGUUUAUGAAGGAGGGAAACACUCAGAUUAAAGAAGGUUUGUCAGAUUUAACUUUUUUGGAAGUUGUGAAAGCUCAAGAAACAUGUCUUGGUAAUACUUCAAAUAAAGAACAGUUAACUGCUACUAAAACAGAGCAAAAUAUAAAAGAUUUUGAGACUUUUGAUGUAUCUUUUCAGACUGCGAGUGGGAAAAAUAUUAGUGUCACCAAAGAGUCAUUUAAUAAAAUUGUAAAUUUCUUUGAUCCGAAACCAGAAGAAUUGCAUAACUUUUCCUUAAAUUCUAAAUUACAUUCUGAUAUAAGAAAGAACAAAAUGGACAUUCUAAGUCAUGAGGAAACAGACACAGUUAAAAACAAAAUACUGAAAGAAAGUGUCCCAGUUGGUACUGGAAAUCAACUAGUGACCUUCCAGGAACGACCCCAAGGUGAUGAAAAGAUCAAAGAACCUAAUCUGUUGGGUUUUCAUACAGCUAGUGGGAAAAAAGUUAAAAUUACAAAGGAAUCUUUGGACAGAGUGAAAAAUCUUUUUGAUGAAAAAGAGCAAGGUACUAGUGAAAUCACCAGUUUUAGCCAUCAAUGGGCAAAGACCCUAAAGUACAAAGAGGCUUGUAAAGACCUUGAAUUAGCAUGUGAAGCAGUUGAGAUCACAACUGCCCCAAAGUGUAAAGAAAUGCAGAAUUAUCUCAAUAAUGAUAAAAACCUUGUUUCUAUUGAGACUGUGGUGCCACCUAAGCUGUUAAGUGAUAAUUUGUGUAGACAAACUGAAAAUCUCAAAACAUCAAAAAGUAUCUUUUUGAAAGUUAAAGAACAUGAAAAUGUCAAAAAAGAAACAGCAAGAAGUCCUGCAACUUGCUACACAAAUCAGUCCCCUUAUUCAGUCAUUGAAAAUUCAGCCUUGGCUUUUUACACGAGUUGUAGUAGAAAACCUUCUGUGAGUCAAACUUCUUUACUUGAAGCAAAACAAUGGCUUAAAGAAGGAAUAUUUGAUGAUCAACCAGAAAGAAUAAAUACUGCAGAUUAUGUAGGAAAUUCUUUGUAUGAAAAUAAUUCAAACAAUACUAUAGCUGAAAGUGACAAAAAUCAUCCCUCCGAAAAACAAGAUACUUCUUUAAAUAACAGUAGCAUGCCUAAUAGCUAUUCCUACCUUUCCGAUGAGGUAUAUAAUGAUUCAGGAUAUCUCUCAAAAAAUAAACUUGAUUCUGGUAUUGAGCCAGUAUUGAAGAAUGUUGAAGACCAAAAAAACACUAGUUUUUCCAAAGUAAUAUCCAGUGUAAAAGAUGCAAAUACAUACCCUCAAACUGUAAAUGAAAGUAUUUGUGUUGAGGAACUUGUGGCUAGCUCUUCACCCUGCAAAAAUAAAGAUGCAUCCAUUAAAUUGUCCAUAUCUAAUUGUAAUAAUUUUGAGGUAGGGCCACCUGCAUUUAGUACAGCCAGUGGUAAAAUCAUUUGUGUUUCACAUGAAACAAUUAAAAAAGUGAAAGAGAUAUUUACAGACAGUUUUGGUAAAGUAAUUAAGGAAAACGAGAAUAAAUCAAAUAUUUGCCAAACAAAAAUUGUGGCACGUUGUUACGAGGCAUUGGAUGAUUCAGAGGAUAUUUUUCAUAACUUUCUAGAUAGUGAUGAAUGUAGCAUGCAUUCACAUAAGGUUUUUGCUGACAUUCAAAGUGAAGAAAUUUUACAACAUAACCAAAAUAUGUCUGGAUUGGAGCAAGUUUCUAAAAUGUCACCUUGUGAUGUUAGUUUGGAAACUUCAGAUAUACGUAAAUGUAUAGAGAAGCUUCCUAAGUCAGUUCCGUCUACAAAUACUUGUGGGAUUUUUAGCACAGCAAGUGGAAAAUCUGUCCAGGUAUCAGAUGCUUCAUUACAAAAGGUAAGACAAGUGUUUUCUGAAAUAGAAGAUAGUACCAAGCAAGUCUUUUCCAAAGUAUUGUUUAAAAGUAAUGAACAUUCAGACCAGCUCACAAGAGAAGAAAAUACUACUAUACAUACUCCAAAACAUUUAAUAUCAUCCCAAAAAGACUUUUCAUAUAAUGUGGUAAAUUCAUCUGCUUUCUCUGGAUUUAGUACAGCAAGUGGAAAGCAAGUUUCCAUUUCAGAAAGUUCCUUACACAAAGUUAAGGGAAUGUUAGAAGAAUUUGAUAUAAUCAGAACUGAGCAUAGUCUUCACUAUUCACCUACAUCUAGGCAAAAUGUAUCAAAAAUACUUCCUUGUGUUGAUAAGAGAACCCCAGAGCACUGUGUAAACUCAGAAAUGGAAAAAGCCUACAGUAAAGAAUUUAAUUUAUCAAAUAACUUUAAUGUUGAACGUGGUUCUUCAGAAAAUAAUCACUCUAUUAAAGUUUCUCCCUCUCUCUCUCAAUUUAAACAAGACAAACAACAGUUGGUAUUAGGAACCAAAGUCUCACUUGUUGAGAACAUUCAUGUUUUGGGAAAAGAACAGGCUUCACCUGAAAACGUAAAAAUGGAAAUUGGUAAAACUGAAGCUUUUUCUGAUGUUCCUGUGAAAACAAAUAUAGAAGUUUGUUCUACUUACUCCAAAGAUUCAGAAAACUACUUUGAAACAGAAGCAGUAGAAAUUGCUAAAGCUUUUAUGGAAGAUGAUGAGCUGACAGAUUCUGAACUGCCAAAUCAUGCCACACACUCUCUUUUUACAUGUCCCCAAAAUGAGGAAAUGGUUUUGUCAAAUUCAAGAAUUGGAAAAAGAAGGGGAGAGGCCCUUAUCUCAGCAGGAGAACCCCCAAUCAAAAGAAACUUGUUAAAUGAAUUUGACAGGAUAAUAGAAAAUCAAGAAAAAUCCUUAAAGCCUUCAAAAAGCACUCCAGAUGGCACAAUAAAAGAUCGAAGAUUGUUUAUGCAUCAUGUUUCUUUAGAGCCGAUUACCUGUGUACCCUUUUGCACAACUAAGGAACGUCAAGAGAUACAGAAUCCAAAUUUUACUGCACCUGGUCAAGAAUUUCUGUCUAAAUCUCAUUUGUAUGAACAUCUGACUUUGGAAAAAUCUUCAAGCAAUUUAGCAGUUUCAGGACAUCCAUUUUAUCAAGUUUCUGCUACAAGAAAUGAAAAAGUGAGACACUUGAUUACUACAGGCAAACCAACCAAAGUCUUUAUUCCACCUUUUAAAACUAAAUCACAUUUUCACAGAGAUGAACAGUGUGUUAGGAAUAUUAACUUGGAGGAAAACAAACAAAAACAAAACAUUGAUGGACAUGGCUCUGGUGAUAGUAAAAAUAAGAUUAAUGACAAUGAGAUUCAUCAGUUUAACAAAAACAACUCCAAUCAAGCAGCAACUGUAAUUUUCACAAAUUGUGAAGAAGAACCUUUAGAUUUAAUUACAAGUCUUCAGAAUGCCAGAGAUAUACAGGAUAUGCGAAUUAAGAAGAAACAAAGGCAACGCAUCUUUCCACAACCAGGCAGUCUGUGUCUUGCAAAAACAUCCACUCUGCCUCGAAUCUCUCUGAAAGCAGCAGUAGGAGGCCAAGUUCCCUCUGCCUGUUCUCAUAAACAGCUGUAUAUGUAUGGCGUUUCUAAACAUUGCAUAAAAAUUAACAGCAAAAAUGCAGAGUCUUUUCAGUUUUACACUCAAGAUUAUCUUGGUAAGGAAAGUUUAUGGGCUGGAAAAGGAAUACAGUUGGCUGAUGGUGGAUGGCUCAUACCCUCCAAUGAUGGAAAGGCUGGAAAAGAAGAAUUUUAUAGGGCUCUGUGUGACACUCCAGGUGUGGAUCCAAAACUUAUUUCUAGAAUUUGGGUUUAUAAUCACUAUAGAUGGAUCAUAUGGAAACUGGCAGCUAUGGAAUGUGCCUUUCCUAAGGAAUUUGCUAAUAGAUGCCUAAGCCCGGAAAGGGUGCUUCUUCAACUAAAAUACAGAUAUGAUAUGGAAAUUGAUAGAAGCAGAAGAUCGGCUAUAAAAAAGAUAAUGGAAAGGGAUGACACAGCUGCAAAAACACUUGUUCUCUGUGUUUCUGACGUAAUUUCAUUGAGCGCAAAUAUAUCUGAAACUUCUAGCAGUAAAACUAGUAGUGCAGAUACCCAAAAAGUGGCCAUUAUUGAACUUACAGAUGGGUGGUAUGCUGUUAAAGCCCAGUUAGAUCCUCCCCUCUUAGCUGUCUUAAAGAAUGGCAGACUGACAGUUGGUCAGAAGAUUAUUCUUCAUGGAGCAGAACUGGUGGGCUCUCCUGAUGCCUGUACACCUCUUGAAGCCCCAGAAUCUCUUAUGUUAAAGAUUUCUGCUAACAGUACUCGGCCUGCUCGCUGGUAUACCAAACUUGGAUUCUUUCCUGACCCUAGACCUUUUCCUCUGCCCUUAUCAUCACUUUUCAGUGAUGGAGGAAAUGUUGGUUGUGUUGAUGUAAUUAUUCAAAGAGCAUACCCUAUACAGUGGAUGGAGAAGACAUCAUCUGGAUUAUACAUAUUUCGCAAUGAAAGAGAGGAAGAAAAGGAAGCAGCAAAAUAUGUGGAGGCCCAACAAAAGAGACUGGAAGCCUUAUUCACUAAAAUUCAAGAGGAAUUUGAAGAACAUGAAGUUACUUCCUCCAUUGAAGUCUUGAACCUACUCCAAAGUCAUCCACGAGGGUUGGAAUCAACUUCUGAAAACACAACAAAACCAUAUUUACCAUCACAUGCACUAACAAGACAGCAAGUUCGUGCUCUGCAAGAUGGUGCAGAGCUUUACGAAGCAGUGAAGAAUGCAGCAGACCCAGCUUACCUUGAGGGUUCUUUCAGUGAAGAGCAGUUAAAAGCCUUGAAUAAUCACAGGCAAAUGUUGAAUGAUAAGAAACAAGCUCAGAUCCAGUUGGAAAUCAGGAAGGCCAUGGAAUCUGCUGAACAAAAGGAACAAGGUUUAUCAAGAGAUGUCACAACCAUGUGGAAGUUGCGUAUUGUAAGCUAUUCAAAAAAAGAAAAAGAUUCAGUUAUUUUGAGUAUUUGGCGUCCAUCAUCAGAUUUAUAUUCUCUGUUAACAGAAGGAAAGAGAUAUAGAAUUUAUCAUCUUGCAACUUCAAAAUCUAAAAGUAAAUCUGGAAGAGCUAACAUCCAGUUAGCAGCGACAAAAAAAACUCAGUAUCAACAACUACCGGUUUCAGAUGAAAUUUUAUUUCAGGUUUACCAGCCACGGGAGCCCCUUCACUUCAGCAAAUUUUUAGAUCCAAACUUUCAGCCCUCUUGUUCUGAGGUGGACCUAAUAGGAUUUGUAGUUUCUGUUGUGAAAAAAACAGGAGUUGCUCCUUUCAUCUAUUUGUCAGAUGAAUGUUACAAUUUACUGGCAAUAAAGUUUUGGAUAGAUCUUAAUGAAGAUAUUAUUAAGCCUCAUAUGUUAAUUGCUGCAAGCAACCUCCAGUGGCGACCAGAAUCCAAAUCAAGACUUCCUACUUUAUUUGCUGGAGAUUUUUCUGUGUUUUCUGCUAGUCCAAAAGAGGGCCACUUUCAAGAGACAUUCAACAAAAUGAAAAAUACUGUUGAGAAUAUUGAUAUACUUUGCAAUGAAGCAGAAAACAAGCUUAUGCAUAUACUGCAUGCAAAUGAUCCCAAGUGGUCCACCCCAAUUAAAGACUGUACUUCAGAGUCGUACACUGCUCAAAUCAUUCCUGGUACAGGAAAUAAGCUUCUGAUAUCUUCUCCUAAUUGUGAGCUAUAUUAUCAAAGUCCUUUAUCACUUUGUAUGGCCAAAAGGAAGUCUGUUUCCACACCUGUAUCAGCCCAGAUAACUUCAAAGUCUUGUAAAGGGGAGAAAGAGAUUGAUGACCAAAAAAACUGCAAAAGGAGAAGAGCCUUGGAUUUCUUGAGUAGACUGCCUUUACCUCCACCUGUUAGUCCCAUUUGUACAUUUGUUUCUCCAGCUGCACAGAAGGCAUUUCAGCCACCAAGGAGUUGUGGCACCAAAUACGAAACACCCAUAAAGAAAAAAGAACUGAAUUCUCCUCAGAUGACUCCAUUUAAAAAAUUCAAUGAAGUUUCUCUUUUGGAAAGUAAUUCAAUAGCUGAUGAAGAACUUGCAUUGAUAAAUACCCAAGCUCUUUUGUCUGGUUCAACAGGAGAAAAACAAUUUAUAUCUGUCAGUGAAUCCACUAGGACUGCUCCCACCAGUUCAAAAGAUUGUCUCAGACUGAAAAGACGUUGUACUACAUCUCUGACCAAAGAACAGGAGAGUUCCCAGGCCGGUAAAGAAGAAUGUGAGAAUAAUAAGCAGGACACAAUUACAACUAAAAAAUAUAAGCAUUUGCAAAGGUGACAAUAAAUUAUUGACGCUUAACCUUUCCAGUUUGUAAGACUGGAUCUAAUUUCAAACCACACAUUAGUACGUACGUUGCACAAUGAGAAAAGAAAUUAGUUUCAAAUUUACCUAAGUGUUUGUGUAUCAGAUGUUCUUGGCCCGACUCUGUAUUGGUAUACUUUUGCUUCAGUUGCAUAUCUUAAAACUAAAUGUAAUUUAUUAACUAAUCAAGAAAAACAUCUUUGGCCGAGCUCAGUGGCUCAUGCCUGUAAUCCCAACACUUUGAGAAGCUGAGGUGGGAGGAGUGCUUGAGACCAGGAGUUCAAGACCAGCCUGGGCAACAUAGGGAGACCCCCAUCUUUACAAAGAAAAAAAAGAGUGGGGGAAAAAAAUCUGUAAUUCUUUGGAUUUUCACUACAAGUAUUAUUUUACAAGUGAAAUAAACAUACCAUUUUCUUUUAGAGUCUGUCAUUAAAUGAAAUGAGGUCUCUUAGUACAGUUAUUUUUAUGCAAAUAAUUCCUUUAGCUACUAUUUUAGGGAAUUUUUUUUUAAAGGUAACUCACUAUGAAAUAGUUUUCCUUAACGCACGUGAUGAAAUAGUUUUCCUUAAUGCACGUGUUGGUUCUGCUAUAGUUCCAUCCUGUUCAAAAGGCAGGAUGAAUAUGAUAGAGUGGUGUUUCCUUUUAAGCAAUUCCUCAUCCUUAAGUCAGCAUGAUUAUAAGAAAAAUAGAACCCUCAAUGUAACUCUGAUUCCUUUUUACUAUUCCAGUGUGAUCUCUGAAAUUAAAACUAAAAAUUCAAAUACUUUAAAUCAGAAGAUUUCAUAGUUUUUUUUUUUUUUUUUUCAACAAAAUGGUCAUCUAAACUCAAACCUGAGAAAGUAUCUUGCUUUCAAAUUGGCACUGAUUCUGCCUGCUUUAUUUUUAGCACUAUCACAGGACCCAGAGCCUAUGCCUUUUUAAACUUUACCACAAAAGCAGAUUAGUUCAAUUUAAGGUGAUACUCUCAUUUGUUAUUUCUUUUUUUUUUUGGAGAUGGAGUCUCACUUUGUCACCCGUGCUAGAGUGCAGUGGCAUGAUCUUGGCUCACUGCAGCCUCCACCUCCCGGGUUCAAGUAAUUCUCCCACCUCAAGCCUC